UGACAGAGGACAGAGGCAGUCCUCCUCCUCUCUCAAUUCCUCCCUCUUAUGUCUGUGUGUUUCUGUCUGUCGUCUCCGCAUGUAUAUGUGAAUACAAAUGUCGGUAAUGGAGACCGUUGAGGACCGGAGCUCGUGCUGUCUUUCCCGCCGGAGACACACAAACUCACCGGACGAACACGCCGACUGAUAAGCAGUCUUCAAAGGGAAACGCCGCCGCCGCUGCUGUUUACCACAGUGACGGUCGCUGGUGUUUUCCUCCUGUUUUUUUUUUUUAACGACACGUCUUCGAAAUCAGAUGCGCUGCUUGAGAAGUUACGGACAAAACACGGAUACAACCUCCAAGUCAUCUUUCACUUAAAAGGAUUUCUUCCUCUUGGAGCCGGCUGUUUUCUGACCUUAAGAAGAAAACUCCUCAGCCGUCCAAUAAGGUAACAUCCACCUACUCAGAUCCAGGAUUCUGGGAAAUGAGCUGCCAAUGAAUCAUCUCAGAGGUCAUCAGUCAUCUCUUGGCCUGGAGGUCUUCUAGAGGGUUUGACCUCCUUGCCACCAUGAAAGGGUUGGGGACCAACCGUAACAGACACCUGUCUGACUCCUGUGAACCUUCAGCAGGCCAUCCAGAAGCCCUGUACAAUCAGAGGACCAGUACCCUGCCGCGUAGUCCCUACCUGCUGAGCCCCACCAUGGAUCACUAUGGCACAAUGGACCCUCAUCUCUAUCAAUCAACAAAUCCAGGCUCCCUUCCACCAGAGUGCAUGCUGCCCCUCAACAACCAGCUGUCCAACAGCAGCACCUUUCCCCGGAUUCACUACAACUCCUAUGACCAGUCUGACUUCUCCCCACCUGGAGACAGCAUUGGGGGGAUAAGUACUGGCACCAUGGGCACCUCCAUGUCCAUGGGCAUGGGAACAGGCAUGGGAAUGGCAGGUCUGAGUGCACGAACACCUAUGAUUACAAGCGGCUCAGCAACUAUAUCACACCAUAUGACCAAGAACCAGGCACCUACCAGUCUGCUGGAGUUUGAUAAGCAGCUACCUGGAGGCCGUGAUGGCUUCAGCACUUUACAGUUUCAUAGAACAUCUGCUGUUGCAGCUGCCAAGCAGCGCACGGACAGUCCAGGUCGUAUUCGUUACAUGCUGCACUCUGUGCAGAAGCUCUUUGCAAAGUCCCAGUCUCUGGAGAGCCACAAUAUGAAAGGAAAUGUCAAUGGACGUUCCACUGGCAGUGGUGGAGGCUCGUCCGGCACAGAUGAUGGAGGGAAGCAGAAUCGCAGAUCCAAAAGCAAAGAUCGGGGUACAAAAUCAGAGGGAACUACCAAGCGACGACCACGCUCCAACAUGUCAGGUUAUUGGAGCUCAGACGAUUUGGACAGCAGUGAUUUAAGCAGCUACCAUAACACCAUGGCCAUGAUGACUCUGGGACGUCACACUGGCCAGGACAGCCAAGGAGGGCAAAGCAGAUACAUCCACAGUGGCUACAACACUAUUAGCACCUCCAAAAGCAGCAAUGACAUGAAGUAUCCAGCACUUCCUAUGCCAGGGGGUGGGGGAGGUGGUGGACUAGGUGAAUCAGGGAGAUUGGUGAUAAAUGAUAAUGACUAUAUGAAAGGAGGGUCCUGGUCUACACUGACCAUGGGGCAGCCAAGACACGUGAUCCAGAAGGGCUCAGCUACUCUGGACAGGUCAAUGCUUAAGUCCAAAUCCUGCCAACAGGAACUAACCUGCAACUAUCUGCAGGUUGGACGUAGGGGUGAUUGGAGUAGCACUUUAGGACGAACUGGUGGUGCCAAUGAAAUACCGUGCCGGCGGAUGCGCAGUGGUAGCUAUGUGAAGGCCAUGGGAGACAUGGAAGACAGUGACGACUCAGAGGGAAGCCCCAAACCCUCGCCAAAAACCGCUGCUCGACGCCAGAGCUACCUCAGGGCUACGCAGCACUCUCUGAGCGACCAGCUACCCCCACGCAACAGAACCCUGGAUUACUCCUUUUUGCAGGGGGAGCUGGAUGCCCUGUGGUCUCCUCUCCACAGUGUAUCCUCUCUACACCAACUGGGCAGGUCAAUGAGCAGCUGUCUUCCAUCUCUCCGAGAGCUCUCCAACAAUCGCAGCCUGGACAACCUAGACUGCAUCGGGGGUUCAGGCUUGUCUUUGCCACCCUGGGAUGAUGACGACUUCAGUCAGGCUUGCAGCACCCUGGGCAGACGAAGCUACACGGGACAGCUAAGGGACCUAGAUAUGAGUCACUAUGAGGACCGCAGCUCAGAGUCCACGUUCAGAGAUUCACGUUCCCACUCUCAGGACAACCCAGAGCCUCCAGACUUGCCCAUGCCAACAUGCUUCCGAUCCCGCAGCCACAGCUACCUGCGAGCCAUCCAGGCUGGAUGUUCCCAAGAUGACGACACAGCAUCCAUGGACUCGGGCUGCUCACCGCCUCCAACUGACCCCACUGUUCGCACCUAUAGCACCAGCACUGUCUCUACGUGCAUAACCACCUGUAAGAAGUCUGCUCCUCCACCAGUGCCCCCCCGCACAACCUCCAAGCCCUACAUUUCAGUGACCGUGCAGAGCAGCACAGAGUCGGCCCAGGACAACUACCUGGACCAGCAGGACAGGAGGUCGGAGGUCAACAGCCAGUCGAGCCACGCCCACAGCAACUCUUCUGACAGCCUUGACAGCAACCGUGCCAACAGCUUGGCCCGGGGGAUCCCCCGCCCUCCACACAUCAUUCCCACUCCCAUCGCGAUACCAAGAGAGCCAAUCGCGCCCACCACCUCCAACGCUUCCACUGAGACCAGUGACGCGGUCAUCCAGCAUGAAUGCCUGAAAUCAAAUAAAGGGAAUUUAGUAGCAGAGGAGCCUCUCGUGGCGCCAGUACCCAGGCGGAAACUGUCCUCCAUUGGCAUACAGGUUGACUGUAUUCAGGAAGUUCCACGCGAGGAAACCCCGCCUUUGGCCAAAUUUCAGUCCAUCGGAGUACAGGUGGAGGACGGGUGGCAGAACAGUCGCUCCAGUAGCAUGGCCUCAAAACAAGAAACAGACUCAGACACACCAGACAUCUCCAUCAUCACCCAUAUCAUCAACGCUAAACACCCUGAGAAGAAAAUCAUGGUCAACAGUGGCAGCCAAUCGAUGAGCUCCCCUCCCGGACAGGACUCUUUAGACAAUGGUGACACUGCUGGUGGCGCCACCUCACCUCCACCGCCAAGACAGAUCCUAAACCGCUCCACCACACGGAGUAGCUCUUCGUCCUUCUCAGAAAGUCUGGACCCUGCGCUCGACCCCUCGUCUCUGCCGCCUCCAGACCCCUGGCUGGAGAGCGGGAACGGCAGCAACAGCAGUGUUCCCCAGAGCGGAGGAGGGGGGACCCUGUGUCGGAGGGACGGACACUGGUUCCUUAAGCUGCUGCAGGCCGAGGCUGGACGAAUGGAGGGCUGGUGCCAGCAGAUGGAACAGGAGACCAAAGACAACCAGAUCUCAGAGGAGGUGCUGGGGAAGGUUCGCAGUGCAGUAGGAAGUGCUCAGCUCCUCAUAUCCAAGAAGUUCAAGCAAUUCCGAGGACUGUGUGAUCAAAACUUGAAUGUGAAUGCCAACCCGCGGCCCACUGACCAGGACCUGGCUGGUUUCUGGGACCUGCUGCAGCUCUCCAUCGAGGACAUCAGCCUCAAGUUCGACGAGCUCUACCACCUCAAGUCUAAUGACUGGCAGCCCGUACAGUGUGCGGCUGUCCAGUCGCCCGCUGAGCGGAAGGACGAAGAGAAUGCGGACCUUCCGGCGACAAAGAAGCCCGGUAAGGGACGGCCAUUGCUGAGCCGUGAGAAGAGCGCCGACUCCUCUUCCACCUCUUCUUCGGCCUCAGCAGAGAAGCAGAGACAAGAGGCUCGCAAGCGUCUGCUAGCUGCUAAAAAGGCGGCCUCGUUUCGCCAGAACUCUGCCACAGAGAGUGCAGACAGCAUCGAAAUCUACGUCCCUGAGGCCCAGACCCGCCUCUGAGAGAGACAGUGGGGGGUAGAAGGUGGUGGGGGGGUGGGGUGUUUAGGAUCAGAAGACAGAUAAGUGAAGUGAAGUACAAAGUGAGGAUGAAUCCUUGAAAUACUUGGAGCAAAGAGAGGAAAACUUUUGCAUUGCAAAUGAGGUACUGUGAGUUGAGAUAAAUGGAGGUGGGGGGAGGAGAGAUCAAACUCCUACAGAUAUGGGGGGUGGGGGGAUUGAUUUGGGCAUUUUUGUCACACUCAUACAGUGAUAGGCUGGUCCUGAUGGAAUCAAAACUUUUAUUAGACAAAACAGGAAACACAACAAGAACUUUCUUGGACUGGAUCAGAUCAUGAAGCAAGAGACUCCUGGUUUCGAGGCAGCCAUUGAAAACCUCAGCUGAUGAACUUUGUCAUUUCUUGUUCCUACUCUUGAUAUCAUACACUUGUUAAUGACGAUAUUAUUACUAUGACGGUUAUAUCCAAAAGAAUCUAUGAAGACUGUUUUAAAUGCUCCUCUAUUUGGCUAUAAGAUAUAUUAAGUAGACAGACAGCAAAUACUAAUGCUCUUCUGUCUCCCAUUGUCCUCCUCUCUAUCCAGAUCAUUGGCCAUCUUGUAGCUUUGCACAACACCCCCUUGUGGCCAUUGAACACACUGCACACACAACAUCCACAGCCCUCACACUGCACACACACGACAAACCUAAACCUAUGUACGUCUUCCUUUCAUUAGUUUGUUGACCUUUUGUUUUGUAUCAAGAAAAUCAAUCUAGAUCUGCUUAUUAUGAAUAUUUUUGGUAUGAUGAAAUUGAAAGUCAGCUUUGAAGGGGUAUAUAUAUAUAUAUAUAUAUAUAUAUAUAUAUUAGCAAUUAACUCUUACAUGUGUGUCCAUCUGACUUUUGUUGUGUCAAAGAUUUGAAGAAGUGGUGACAGGAAGUGGGUAAAUGGUUUUGAAAGAGAGCACAUUCCAAUAGAAAAGAUCACCUAGCAUGUGAAUAUAAAAGUGGCCACAAUAUUCCUGAACAUUUUGUUUUCUUUGAAGUGGAGACUCCUUCCACUCCUAUUAAGUCUCCUUUGCUCUCUCCGUCCCAUUAUUUAGUUUUCUCUGUUUGUGCUGUAACUGCUGAUCUGUGAUUAUUUCAAUCAGGAUUUUGUUUUGUUUUUCGUCACUUUAAUGCUUCUUUAAGUGCUUUUAUUAACCUCACAAACUAUUCCAUUUAUACAGAACAUCUCCAAUUAAUCUAGGGCUUUUAUUAAGGCAAUGCAUCAGGCUACGUAUGCAGGAUAAUAGUUUGUUAAUGUACCAUACACACAUAUGAACGUGUCAUUUUUAUACUGUCUCGAUAAAUCCAACAAAAUCUACGUUUUUUUUGUUACCAUUCUUGUUUCCCCUUAUUGAACAUCAUCCAGAGUACCUGCACUUUUUUUAUUCAAAGGAAAACAAAUUCUAAUUAAAAUCAUUACGGACAUUA